UGUUUCGUUUCUGCAACUACGCGCAGGCUGGUUUUCGAUCGACUUUUUUCGACGUCGAGCUCAACUUGUGGAUCCCUUGUAGAUGAUAGGAAUAAUUAUUUUUCAUUUGCGAGUUUGCCAAUGAUGACGUUGUUCUAAUUUGCGACAUUCCUGAUCGAUCAACUUUGAGCGCAAUGAGUACCUCUACGAAAAAGGAGAAGCAGAUCAUCGGAGGGAUUCGUCGCAAGUCUGGAGGGCCGAAAUUCGAGCUGAGCGACGAACAAAAGGCCGACAUCAAAGCGGCCUUUGCCCUUUUCGACAAGGACAAUUCCGGCUUCAUGGCCACAAGGGACUUGAAGGUUGCUAUUCGAGCGUUGGGUUUUGAGCCGAAGAAAGAGGAAAUCAAGAAAAUGGUCUCGGAAGUAGACAAAGACGGCAAAGGAAAAAUCAACCUCGAGGACUUCACCCAGGUGAUGGUGGCCAAAAUGGCAGACAAGGAUUCCAGAGAGGAAAUACUGAAGGCUUUCCGCUUAUUUGACGACGAGAACACUGGUCACAUCACUUUCGAGAACUUGAAACGAGUAGCGAAGGAACUCGGAGAAAAUGUGACGGACGAGGAAAUGCAGGAAAUGAUUGACGAAGCGGACAAUGACAAAGAUGGAAAAGUCAGCCAGGAUGAAUUCUUAAAGAUAAUGAAGAAAACUUGCUUGUAUUAAUUUCAUUGCGUGUUUCCUUGCAUGAAAUUGAUUUCUUAUUUUAUCAUAUUUCAAUUUCAUGAUGUACGUAGUUUACAAAACAUUCCGACAUGUGAAUUUAAUUUCUGAACAAAUCAACCAUCUGGUAUUUUUUGUAAUUUAUUUUUUUUAAAUAAGUAAAUUCCAAGAUUUUGGACUGUGCUAUUGAUGCCACAUAACUAUUUUCAUAAUGCGCACACUCACGUCUCACUUACUUUUAUCUUAAUUCCCUGACGAAUUCAGAUGCUACUAGUCAAUAAAACGGUAAAUUUAUACGGCUAACAAUAUAU